GGCCGCGCGCCGGAAGUACGUUAAGGCCUCAGAAGACUGGCCGCUCGGUGCCCGAAAGUGCCCGCCCCUUUUGCGUACUUCCGGCGCGCUGGUGCGUGACCGCUGGGCGGCCGGCACCCGUCUUUGGCUCGGGGGCUGCUCCCUACAGCCCGAAGCGGCUGCCGCUGGGCUGCUGUGCCUGGGCUCCGGGACCUGGGUCCCCGCCCGGCGCGAGUGCGCGAUGAGGCUGGGCUCCGGGACCUUCGCCGCAGGCUGCGUAGUGAUCGAGGUGCUCGGGGUCGCGCUCUUCCUUCGCGGAUUCUUCCCGGCCCCUGUGCGCUCGUUUUCCGGGCCGGAGCACCACGCGGAGACCCCCGCGCCCGAGCCCUCGGCGGGAGCCACUUCCAAUUGGACCAACCGUCCACCUCCUCUUUUCAGUAAAGUUGUCAUUAUGCUGAUAGAUGGCUUGAGGGACGAUUUUGUGUUUGGGUCAAAGGGGGUGAAAUUCAUGCCGUACACCACUUACCUCGUGGAAAAAGGAGCAUCUCACAGUUUCGUGGCUGAAGCAAAGCCACCUACAGUGACUAUGCCUCGAAUCAAGGCCCUGAUGACGGGGAGCCUCCCCGGCUUCAUCGAUGUCGUCAGGAACCUCAACUCCCCCGCGCUGCUGGAAGACAAUGUGAUCACGCAGGCCUGGGCCUCGGGGAGGAGGAUCAUCUUUUAUGGGGAUGAGACGUGGGUGAAGUUAUUCCCACGGCAUUUUGUGGAGUAUGAUGGAACCACCUCGUUUUUUGUGUCAGAUUACACAGAGGUGGACGACAACGUCACCAGGCACCUGGACGCGGUCCUGAAGAGAGGGGACUGGGACGUGCUGGUCCUUCACUACCUGGGGCUGGACCACAUCGGCCACGUCUCCGGGCCCCACAGCCCGCUGAUCGGGCGCAAGCUCGGCGAGAUGGACAGCAUCCUGAUGAGGAUCCACACCUCGCUGCUCUCGCAGGAGAGAGAGACGUCUCCGCCCAGUUUGCUGGUCCUCUGUGGCGACCACGGCAUGGCUGAGCGCGGCGGCCACGGGGCCUCUUCUGUGGAGGAAGUGAACACCGCUCUGCUCCUGAUCAGCUCUGCUUUCGAAAGGAAACCCGGUGACGUCAGGCGGCCACAGCACGUCCAACAGACAGACGUGGCCGCAACGCUCGCGAUAGGGCUUGGUCUGCCGAUUCCGAAACACAGCGUGGGCUGCCUCCUGCUCCCUGUCGUGGCGGAGAGAGCGAUGCGGGAGCAGCUGCGACUCCUGCAUCUGAACGCAGUGCAGCUCUGCAGGCUGCUGCAGGAGAACGUGCCUUCCUACGAGAGGGAGCCUGGGUUUGAGCAGUUCCAGAAGUCAGAAAGGCUGCACGCCAACUGGGUUCGCCUGUACCUGGAGGACAGCCAUGCCGACGUCCUCCUCAGCCUCGGGAGCAAGGUCCGCAGGCAGUACUCGGAUGCCCUGAGGACCCUGAGCCUGGCCCUGAGCGCACAGGGCGCCCACUACGACGUCUACUCCAUGCUGGUGGGGGCCGUCGUGGUGCUGGAGGUCCUUGCCCUGCUGCUGCUCAGCGUCCCCCAGGCGCUGGGCGCCACGGCCGAGCUGGACGUGCCCCUGUCGUCGCCCGUGUCCUGUCUGCUCUUCUACCUGACGCUGCUGCUGCUCGGGGCCGUGCACGUCAUCGUCUGCACCUCAGCCGAGAGCUCCUGCUACUUCUGCAGCCUCGCGUGGCCGGCCGUGGCCACGGUGCUGGCACUCGCCUCGGCCCUGCUCUGCGCGGUCGCGUCUGCCCUGACCAGGACGCUUGUGGGUGGAGAGCUCCUGAGGAGGAACCCGGCGCACUCUGGCCCCAGGUGGCCGGAGUUGGACCUCCUCCUCUUGCUGGGGACUCUGGGCCAUGCCGCAAGCCUGGGCUCGAGCAGCUUCGUCGAGGAGGAGCACCAGACCUGGUACUUCCUCGUCAACACCCUGUGUCUGGCCCUGGGUCACGACAUCUGCAGACGCUGCUUCCCAGGGGACGACGGUGACAGGGCAGAAUGGCUCGCUGGUGCGGCCCCAACUCGGCCGGACAAGAGCCCUCGCCAUGACGUGUUGGACCUGGACCAAAGACGCAAGGGCCGCUCCUCCUUGGACGCGCUCCGUGGCCCUGAGAAGUGGAUGGUGCUGGCGAGCCCGUGGCUGGUGCUCAGCUGCUGCCGGCUGCUGCGGUCCCUGAACCACACGGGGGUGCAGUGGGCCCACCGCCCCGACCUGGGGCACUGGCUGGCCAGCUCCCACCACAAAGCUGAGCUCUCCGUGCUGGCCGCCCUGUGCCUCCUGGCGAUCUUCAUGCUGGCUCACCGGCGCUGCUCCCCAGUGUCCAGGGUGGCCAUGGCACUCGGCCUGCUGGGCGUCUACUGCUACCGGGCGGCCACUGGCCACCUGCUGCUGCCGUGGCAACGAGAGAGCAAGGGCAUUUCCAAGGGUAUCGUUGAGGCUCGUUUUGUUUAUGUGUUUGUCCUUGGCCUGCUGUUCAUGGGUACCAAGGACUUGCUAAAGUCUCGAGUCAUUGCCGCAGACCACACGCACCAGCCCACAGGCCUGCGGGACCUUCACGGGGGCCUCGUGCUGCUGGCGGCGCUGCUGGUCCGGCCACACAACCUUCCCGUCCUGCUGUGCAGCCUCUUGGUCCAGGCUGUGAUGACCAGGUUCGUCUGGAGGCCCCUGAGGCACAGCGCCGCGGAGGUCACGGCCAUGCAUUAUUGGUUCGGUCAGGCGUUCUUCUAUUUCCAGGGAAAUUCCAACAACAUCGCCACAGUGGACAUCUCGGCGGGCUUCGUGGGUCUGAACACCUACAUGGAGGUCCCCGCCAUGUUCCUGACAGCGUUCUCGACAUACGCGGGGCCUGUGCUGUGGGCCAGCCACUUGGUGAACUUCCUGAGCUCCGACACCCGCAGUGGUUCAGCCCUGAGACACGCCUGCUUCUGCUAUGCACUGCUCUGCUCUCUCCCAGUGUCUGCGUACAUCCUUCUGGUGACGUCCCUGCGCUACCACUUGUUCAUAUGGAGUGUGUUCUCUCCGAAACUUCUCUACGAGGGCAUGCACCUGCUCCUCACAGCGGCUGUCUGCCUGUCCUUCGUCGCCUCGGAUCGGAGCCACGCCAAGUCUUAGACACUGGAAAACCAGAUACUUCCAAAGUCUACUUUAUUCCAUGGAUCUGGAUCUGAUCUAAAUGCAAGCUUGUUCUGAAAAAAAGAAAGGUGUGGCUUGUACAAUGUUGACGAAUACCUGCAGUUUCUUGGACUGCUGUGCUUGAAUUCCGGUUCAGUAGCAAGUGGCUUCCUUUGCCCUGUUGACAGUCACUCCAGCCACUUCUGAACUUUUAACUCCCUCUGGGUAAGUGAGGAUAUGACCCAAAGUUGUGUGUUUAAAUUGGUGCCUUGAAAGGUCACCAGGGUGUGUGUAUGUGUGUGUGUGUGACCUUCAGAGCCCGGCAGCUCCGUGGGAACAGGGUCCUGUCUGGCCCUGUACAACCCUGGACACCACAGGGGGCCCAGGGGCUCUGCCAUCUAAGGUCGCGUCUGUCAGCACGAAUGGCUUUUGAAACUAAAAUUAAGACAUGUCAAAAAAUUUAUUCAUUUAAAAAUAAAGGUAUAACCCUGUUGUAAGUUAAUAUAACAAAUUUUUAAGAAAAAUAACUAUUUUCAAAAACAAA